AUGGCAGCUUGGCUUGUUCUUCCGUCAUCGCCGACUGGCAAUAAUCGUCGCGUUGAACUUUCCGGUCUCGAUUUAUCGCUCAUUCUACGUAUUGAUAAUAUUUUUGUCUAUCCAGCAGAACUAGAUAUCGAUCGGUUUAAAGAUGCACUCAGUCGUACUCUGUCUUUAUGGCCAUUCGUCAUCGGCCGUUUUCUGAAGCUCGACGGUGGUCACUAUUUCAUUGAAAUGUCCGAUAACGGCAUUCCUUUUACAUAUGCUGAAAACAGUGAACUAGAACAAUGGCCUCUCGGCAAUAAAGUCGUUGUCGAUAUCAUUCAAUACUCACUUGAACCGUUUAUUGAUGGAGUACAAACUAUGAAAUUAAUGGAGAGUUCUAAUGACGAGCCAUUAUUUCGCUUAAAACUCACGCACAUUGUAAAAAGUAAUGAAUGGAUAUUGGGUACAAGUUGGGCUCAUGUUCUUGGUGAUGCUGCAUCGAAUUUAAGAUUUUUGAAUACACUUUCACGUCUCUAUCAGCAAUUGGAACCUUUGGCACCGUUGCCAAUUUUCGAGAGACGUUUAUGGCGAGACGAAGAAGCCGAUGAAUCACUAUCACCAUUACUCAAAGAAUUGUCGAAUGCUAAACCAUUCAGAGAAAUGAUUCAAGUGUUCUUAUCCAGAGAAGAAACACAUGAACAGCUUAAUUUACAUUUUUCAAGUAAACAACUUUCGAGACUACGUGAAUUAGCUGGUGGUGAUUCAGUGACUAUACAAGAUGCUCUUAGCUCGUACAUCAUUCUCCUACUAAAUACUCAGUGCUUCAAUAAUGAUAAUGAACGUCUUAUUCUACGCACAGAUACUGUCAUAAAUUUUCGUGGUGUAUCUGAUUUGAUUGCUCCAGUUGGACUUGUUUCUAAUGCUACCAUUGUUUUAUCGUCUGAAAAUUUCGAUGAUCCAUUAUCUUUAACAAGUAUUGCCAAAACGAUUCGUCGAUCAAUUCUUCAAACACGUGAUCCGAAAUUUCUCGAACCAUAUGUAGCAACUUCUGAUAGAUUGAAAAGAAAAAUAUUAAGAGAACAUCAACUCCUGAAUUUAGGGCCAUUUCCUAACGACGUUAUCGUUAAUUCGAAUCUUCGUUAUGAUUGGGCACAUCUUGUUGACUUCGGUUACACAGAUAAAUGUCGUUUUUAUACACCAUGGACUGGUCGAUUAUAUUUUCGUGUGUUUCGUCUUAAUCCCAUAAAAGACGGAAAUCAAUGGUUACCACGAGAUCGUGAUGGUGCCGAAGUUGCUUUUCGGAUUGCACCUGAUGUUAAAGACAAAUUUUUAAGUGCGUGGCAAAAAGACAUAGUAGAGAAUUUCACCAAUAUUAAACUUUAA